GCUUGUGUAGGGGCACUCAGAGUGGUCCAGCAUUUGACAUACCAUCAUAGGCUUUCCUACAAUAUAGCCUGUAACAAAACCAGGCUGUCCCAAACCCCUGGUAAUAUAAUUGUUUACCUUUAUACCAAGAAGGUUGGGAAAGCACCAAAUUCUGCAUGUGGUGUGUGCCCAGGCAGACUUCAAGGGGUUUGUACUGUGAGACCUAAAGUUCUUAUGAGAUUGUGGAAAACAAAAAAACAUGUCAGCAGGGCCUAUGGUGGUUCCAUGUGUGUUAAAUGUGUUCAUGACAAGAUCAAGCGUGCUUUCCUUAUUGAAGAGCAGAAAAUUGUUGUAAAAGUAUUGAAGAGUCAGAAAGCUAAAUAAAAAUGAAGCUUUUUGAAUAAUAACAACAGAAAAAAGAAGUCCGAAAGGAAAAACAGUAUUCUAAAAAAUGUUCCCUUUCCCUCACCUAUCCCCCAGAUCAGUACAGCUCAGACACCAUUGGAGAACUGAGGUCUAAGCAGCAAAGCAGGUGAUGGAGGUAGGGCUGUGAGUCAUAGUUUGUAUGAAAGCUUGUGACCAACAUCUUUGACUGUCCCUGAACAGAGGAAUGUGACAGUUGAUAAGAAACAGAUCUUGGGCUGGAACAAAGGAGAGAAAGUGGUGGUGACCAACGUGUUGGCAGCCCUGGCACCAGGCUGCUUUCCAUUGCUUCAUCCACCAGGUCAUGCCUCAGGAAUAAGUAAUCCUUAACUAAUAUAUCAGCAGCAUGAGGCCCUGAGGUAC